AUGAAGUCCUCUCCAGUUGAAGUCUCCUUCGAUACAUCCAGUCUACUAGACGAAUGCCACCUCGAUGUCCAUGACCUCUUGCCAGAAGACUCUGCAUGCUCUCCCACCAAGAAGUCUGGCCAUGCCUUUGGCUCCAUCCAGCUGCUUUCCGCCACUCCAACCCCUGACUUGCUGUGUGGGAUGUCGCUGAUGACCUCAGAUUUGUUCCAAGCUACUUACCACCUCCGAAACAGUGCCUCUUCCGGUGAUUUGCUCGAAGAAAGACCUCUCCACAACGACAAGAUAGAGAAGCUUCUCGAUCUGCUAAAAGAAGGCAACGACGACUUCGAGUUGGACGAUCAGCUCCGAACUCGGGUGUUCAAGGGCCGCUUCUCGCGGCGUACAGACCCGCUCGAUGGCGACCUUGAUUCGUAUCUCCAUACAAAGUUGCAUAAUGACAAUAAAGAGAAUGUUUCGCCGGAGCCUUCGAAGAAGCGGAAGGAUGGUUCAGCACUUCGGCCGGCUAAGAGACACAAGGGUGCGUCAACUGUACUACAGGCGCUUCCCAAUGCCAGCAACAUGGCACACAGCACCAACAUCUCCAAUAACACAUGCAACAACAACAUUGGCGACUCCACAGCAGAGAAGGGACAUAAAAAGAGAUUGUCACAGAAACAGGCGCUUCAGCCACUUCUGAUCCCGCAACUUCUGCUUCAACCACUCCAAUUACAGCCAACACAACCAUUACAGUUACAAUCAUCACUUCCAGCCCUACGGUCCCCAAACCGAAUCUGCAUGCCCAAAUCGAGUCGCAUAGUAAAACCACAGCAUCUGGUACUCAAGCCUCUGAACAAGCUCGAUAUCUACUUGGUUGACUCGCUGACAGGGCUCGUGAACGAUGCAACUCAGUUUGGCACGGAACUCAACGCGUCCAAUUGCGAGGGAUUCCCAAUGCCCGAGGACGUCAAUGAGAUCGUCCAGAUCCCCACUAACGAGACAGUCCCAUCAAGCGAGCAGCAAAAAAUGGCGCUCAUCAAGGCAUACCAUAGCACUCGAGUGGUCAGUCUGUCCUCCGACAGUUGCUACCGAGGCUUCUACAACAAAAAAGAGUUUGACGAGUAUGUGCGCAUGGGAAAGACCGAGGCCAAGGCUCAUGAGGAGAAGAGAAGGGUUCGUUGGGCAGAGGACUUGGAGUGGUAA